AUGGACGCAAAGCUUUCAGAUGAGAAGAAUUUAGGGGUCGAUGUUGAAUCCCUCACCUUUACCAAUGUCUCUAGUCACAGAGAUAUGACAGAAUUAGAGGGCGGAGAUAUGGCUUUAACUAAGAAGAUGAAUCUCAUCAAUGAUACUUUAGAUGAGAUCGGUUUCACUUGGUACCAUUUCAAAUACAUGAUAAUUGCAGGUUAUGGUUAUGCCGCUGAGUCUUUAUUGGGAUUGACUCAUUCCACCGUCAGUUUAGCUAUCAAUAUUCAAUUCAAGCAAAGAUUCUCUGUUACUACCGAGAUGAUUUAUGUGGGUUUAUUACUUGGAGGUUUGUUCUUUGGGAUGACCGCCGAUAUCAUUGGUAGGAAAUUAGCCUUUAAUACCACUUUGUUCAUGACAUCGAUCUUUGCUUUCCUUGUGGGAUCAUCUUCGUCUUACGUUAUGUAUUUGAUCUUUUUAUGUUUGACUGGGUUCUUCAUGGGUGGGAACUUAGGUAUUGAUGCUUCAGUGUUUUUAGAAUGUUUACCUUCAAGACAUACUUGGUUGGUUACAUUCUUUGCUUGUUUUUGGUCUUUAGGUCAAUUGAUUGCUUACGUAAUUGCUUACGUAUUCAUGGUACCUGAAAAAUGGAAUGGAUGUACUGAUAUUGAUGAAUUUUGUGACUCAGCUAUCAACAGAGGUUGGAGAUAUACUUGGUAUGUUGAUGCUGGGAUAGUUCUUGCAUUAUCUAUUGUCAGAUUGGCAUUAAAAUUGGAUGAAACUCCCAAAUUCCUCGCUGUUAACAAUAGAGAUGAAGAAGCUUUUGAAAUGUUAAAGGCAAUUGCUGAAAAAUACAACAGACCAUUCUCCUUGAAAUUAGAAGAUUUGAUUGCUUGUGGAACCGUUAACAAGAACAAAUUCAAUAAAGACCAUAGAGGAGUAAUGGAUUUCUUAAAAGCAGCAUUCUCAAACGUUAAGGCGUUAUUUGGAACUAAAAAGAUGAUUUGGAAUUUCGGGUUAUUAUUGACUUCUUGGUCCCUUUUAGGUAUUGCUUAUCCAUUGUAUGGGGUGUUUUUACCUCAAUAUUUAGCUGCUCAGGGAGCUAAAACUGGUGCCACUUCUAAUGCUGGGAUCUAUGGCGAUGCCAUGUUAAGUAAUGGGUUAUCUUUCUUUGGUCCAGUGAUUGCGGCUGGAUUAAUGUUUAUUCCUAAAGUUGGUAGAAGAGGUACUCUUUGCAUUGGUGGGGUAUUAUCUAUGGUGUUCUUAAUGUGUUAUACUACUGUUAGAACCCAUCAACAGAAUCUUGCUUUCACUGUAGUUAGUUAUAUCACUAUCUAUAUCUAUUAUGGUGUGUUGUAUGCUUAUACACCUGAAGUAUUACCAUCAUAUUGUAGAACCACUGGUUCUGGACUUUGUUACGUCAUUAAUAGAUUUGCAUCUUGUUUUGUACCAUUAAUUGCUUAUUAUGCCAAUACUGAUACUCCAGCUCCUAUCUAUGUUUGUGCAGCAUGUAUUGGAGUUAUUGGUUUGAUAGGGUUAGCAUUUCCUUUUGAACCUUCUAAGCAAAGAAGUGUGUAG